GAGACCGCGUCCACACCCACGCCCACCACCGCUCCUCCUCUCCCACAAAAGCGAGGAGGCCAAGGGGAAGCGCAUCCCGCCGCCGCGCAGGACGUAGGAGACCUCCCGGGCGCCGCCACCAUGUCGUCGAUGAUGUCCGCGCUGUCGAACUGGCUGGUGAACCCGCGCCGCAACCCGCUCGCGCGCCUCCACAUGCGCGCCGUCUCCUCGCGCCUCAGGAAAUACGGGCUGAGGUACGACGACCUGUACGAUCCGUACUUCGACCUGGACAUCAAGGAGGCGCUCGGGAGGCUGCCUAGGGAGGUGGUAGACGCCCGCAUCCAGCGCCUCAAGCGCGCCAUGGACCUCUCCAUGAAGCAUCAGUACCUCCCCGAGGACCUCCAGGCUGCACAAACUCCAUUCAGAGGCUAUUUGAGUGACAUGUUGGCUCUGGUGAAAAAGGAGAGUGCUGAGCGUGAAGCGCUGGGAGCCCUUCCGCUUUACCAGAGAACCAUUCCUUAAAAACGUGCUGCCUAGAAGCUAUCUCAAUUUUUCUCUUUACGGCACACCAAAAUGCAUGAAAUAAUAUGCAGUGGAUGAAACUGUUUUUUCCUUCCUACCAAGUUCCAUUUUACUUGUUGAUGCGCGUGUAGUUCUGUUUCCCGCCCUCUAAUUAAUGGGAAGAAAUGAUAUGUUCAACCCAUAUUAACUUGUUAUGGAAGUCUUCGGCAGCUGGGUAACUGUUACAGCCUUAUGUUGUUUGAUCU